UUGAGACAAACUCUGUGUUACCCCCACACACGCACUCUCUGCGACUACAACCUCGUCCUUCUCCAGAUUCCGACCCCAGGAGCCGGUAUAUCCGCUUGUACAUCCCCUGCUUGUUGUCUUCGGACGCGGUUCUCCGUACUCUGUUUCGCGCCUUUGUGAAGGUGUUGACUUUGCUGGAGAGAAUGAAUCCGCCUUCUGCUUUUGGGUGGAUUACUAUUACUAAAUUAUCUUAAAAGAUGUUGCAGAUAGUGGGAGAAUUUGCAUUGCUGGAUCGCAUUCCGUGAAAAUGAUCAACAAGACGCUUUUCCUCACUUGUCUCUGCCUGUCAAUAUACAUCUUACUUUCAUCUGGAGUCAUACUGUACAACAAGUGGGUUCUUUCUCCCAAAUAUUUUAAUUUUCCGUUUCCUGUGACGCUCACUAUGAUUCAUAUGGGUUUUUCCGGGGUCGUGGCGUUUUUUCUUGUCCGGGUCUUCAAGGUUGUGACUCCUGUAAAAAUGACGUUUAAAAUAUAUGCAACAAGUGUGGUACCAAUAAGUGCCUUCUUUGCUUCUAGUCUUUGGUUUGGUAACACUGCUUUCUUGCACAUCUCUGUUGCCUUUAUCCAGAUGCUCAAAGCUCUAAUGCCCGUGGCAACAUUUCUCAUGGCUGUCUUGUGUGGCAUUGACAAAGCAAGGUGUGAUGUGUUCAUGAACAUGGUGCUGGUCAGUGUUGGAGUUGUCAUAUCCUCCUAUGGGGAAAUUCAUUUUAAUGUAAUUGGUACAGUUUAUCAAGUCACUGGCAUCUUUGCAGAGGCUUUAAGACUGGUCUUGACGCAAGCCCUUCUGCAGAAGAAGGGCCUGGCCUUAAAUCCUAUUACAAGCUUGUAUUACAUAGCUCCAUGCAGCUUUGUGUUCCUCUUUGUACCUUGGUACCUACUCGAGAAGCCUGGGAUGGAAGUUCCACAAAUUCGGUUCAACUUUUGGAUCUUCUUUUCAAAUGCUCUAUGUGCUUUGGCCUUGAACUUCUCCAUUUUCUUAGUAAUUGGCAGAACUGGUGCUGUGACCAUCCGAGUGGCUGGCGUGCUAAAAGACUGGAUAUUAAUAGCCCUGUCAACUGUGUUAUUUCCAGAAUCGACAAUAACUGGGUUGAAUAUAAUUGGAUAUGCUAUCGCACUAUCUGGAGUCGUGAUGUACAACUACAUAAAGGUUAAGGAUGUCCGUGCCUCUCCAUUGCCUCGGGACACUACUGCAGACCGAACUAUAAAGGAUUGGAAAUUUGAGAAGUCAUCAGAUAUGAAGGUACCUGAUAACAUUAGUGACGACGAGGGGGACAACGGAGGUAAUGGCUUCACCUCUGAUAUGAGCGUUGAUGAAGAAGCACCUCUGAUGUCAUCCAGGUCAUCUCAUAUUGGACGAACGCAACCAAUUAACCAUGCAACCGGUAGGUGGAAAGUAAAAGAAAGAGGAAGCUGACCCAAAUGCACCUUAUCACCUUUUUGCCCCAAGAAAAGCAACAGCGGGUUCGUACCUCGUAACGAGAGCCGAAUUCGGUUCCUUUGCAAUUGCCGUCCUGGGAGUAGAACGCAUCUUUUCCAGGCUCAUGUUUAUCGGUUUAUCAGAGGUGAGGGCCAAACAGCCUUCCGAUAUAAU